GAAAAACUCCAGAGUCAGACCCGAUAAUAUAUAUAUAUAUAUAUAUAAACAGAAGAGUCAUUCUCAUCGAUGGUGCAACCAGGUUUUUUUGGUUUUUGGUUUUGUUUUUCUUGUAUGUUAUAAAUUAAUAUAUUUUUUCUGUGUUGUUUUCUAGAAGUAUUAUUUUUGCAAUUCUCUGCCAUUCAAAGCUAAGCCAUGGGAACUCAAGCUCCUGCUGAUCAUCAGAACAAUAAUUACGUAGGCAAAAAUGACGAAGAAAUAAAGAGGCAGAAGCAAAUUGAUGAUUGGCUUCCAAUUACAUCUUCAAGGACAGCAAAAUGGUGGUACUCAGCUUUCCACAAUGUUACUGCUAUGGUUGGAGCUGGUGUCCUCAGUCUCCCUUAUGCCAUGGCAGAGCUUGGAUGGGGGCCUGGCGUUACUGCUCUAGUGCUAUCUUGGAUAAUCACUUUGUACACUCUGUGGCAAAUGGUUGAGAUGCAUGAGAUCGUUCCAGGGAAACGUUUUGAUAGAUACCAUGAACUGGGUCAGUAUGCAUUUGGAGAAAAACUUGGUCUCUGCAUUGUGGUCCCUCAACAACUUACUGUUCAAAUAGCUACGAACAUUAUCUAUAUGGUUACUGGAGGAACGUCACUGCAGAAGUUCCAUAACACUGUGUGCCCAAGCUGCAAGAAUAUCAAACUUACUUACUUCAUUAUGAUUUUUUCCUCUGUUCAUUUUGUGCUAUCCCAUUUGCCCAACUUCAACUCCAUCUCUGGUGUCUCCUUGGCUGCUGCAGUAAUGUCCUUGAGUUACUCCACCAUUGCCUGGGGAGCUUCUGUAGAUAAGGGUGUUCAGAAAGAUGUGGAAUAUAGCUACAAAGCCCAGAGUGCUGCAGGAACUGUCUUCGACUUCUUCGGUGCCUUGGGUAAUGUGGUUUUUGCCUAUGCUGGGCACAAUGUGGUCCUUGAGAUCCAAGCAACAAUUCCAUCUACACCAGAGAAGCCAUCCAAGGGUCCAAUGUGGAAAGGAGUCGUUGUUGCCUAUAUAAUUGUUGCUCUGUGCUACUUCCCUCUUGCUCUGAUUGGAUAUUGGAUCUUUGGAAAUAAGGUUGAAGACAAUAUCCUUAUCUCAUUGGAAAAACCAGCAUGGCUUAUCGCAAUGGCUAAUAUGUUCGUUGUCAUUCAUGUUAUUGGCGGCUAUCAGAUUUUUGCAAUGCCAGUGUUUGACAUGAUUGAAUCUGUAGUCGUAAAGAAGUUAAAAUUUCCACCCAGCGCAGCGCUGCGUUUCAUUAUUCGCAAUGUAUACGUGGCAUUAACGAUGUUCGUAGGCAUUACUUUCCCUUUCUUUGGUGGCCUUCUUUCAUUUUUUGGAGGAUUUGCUCUUGUUCCAACAUCAUACUAUCUCCCUUGCAUCAUUUGGCUUAUUGUCAAAAAACCAAGGAAGUACAGCUUAUCUUGGUGGACAAACUGGAUCUGUAUUGUGGUUGGUAUACUUUUGACGGUUCUAGCACCUAUUGGAGGGUUGAGACAGAUCAUACUUUCAGCAAAGACCUAUAAGUUUUACUCUUAAACUCAUCUUCACCCAGCUAAACGGGUAGUAAGUACCAGAAAUAAGCAAAAUUAUUUAGCAGAUAAGGAAAAAAAAGUAGCUGGUAACGACGAUUACGAAGCAAAUGAUCGAUGAUGAUAUUGAGCCAUAAUCAUAUGCAGGACAAAUUAUUUCAACAGUGUUUGUUCAGUAGUCACUGACACCACACCUGCAGUUUGUAAAUUCGAUCAUAGCCAACUUUAAUGAACUCCAUAUAUGCGUUUUAAAGCUUGUUUUGUUGUACAUCUCUUUGUAUGCUUUUCGCAUAUCACCCCCCGUUGUGUUUAUUUUCUGCAGUGUAUUAAUUGGUCACAGUUUGAAAUGUUGGCUCUGCAUUAGACAUUUAUGUAUACCAGCAAAUCUGAGCAGUUCGCUUUUGAGCAAAGUUUGUCAAUUCUACGGUGUUAAACCUUAGGAUUUGAUUGGGUUAUAUUUUCAA